UUUUUAUUGUUAAAACUUGUGUUUUUUUUUUAUUGUUAAAACUUGUGUUUUAUAUCCACAUGACCGUACCUUUUAGGGUUUGACAAUUUUUUAGGAUUUAGUGAGAAGAGAAUCAAUCCAUAAUCCUCUGAAUAAACAGGGAGAAAAAGAAGAGGGGUUUAUCGCAGAAGAAGAAGAGGGGUUUAUCGCAGCAAUGGUGAAGUACUCAAGGGAGCCCGAAAACCAGACAAAAGCAUGCAAGGCUCGGGGCUCAGAUCUGCGGGUACAUUUUAAGAAUACCCGAGAAACAGCCCAGGCCAUCAAGAAAUUACACCUGUCAAAGGCCAAGAGAUAUCUGGAGGAUGUAAUUGCCCACAAGCAAGCAAUACCCUUCCGUCGAUUUUGUGGAGGUGUGGGCCGUACUGCACAAGCAAAGUCUCGACAUUCAAAUGGCCAAGGACGUUGGCCUGUAAAGUCUGCUGAGUUUUUGUUGGGAUUGCUGAAGAAUGCAGAAAGCAAUGCAGAGGUUAAAGGGCUUGAUGUUGAUGCAUUAUAUAUAUCUCACAUCCAAGUGAACCAAGCACAAAAGCAACGGAGAAGAACCUAUCGUGCUCAUGGAAGAAUCAAUCCUUACAUGUCACAUCCAUGCCACAUUGAGUUAAUACUCUCUGAAAAAGAGGCACCUGUUAAAAAAGAGGCUGAAUCUCAGAUUGCCGCCCCAACUAGACAAAAGAGAGGCCCUCUUCGUAGUGGCACCUCAUCAUAAGGUGCCAGAGCAGUUUUGAUGCAGCACUUCACUACGACAGUUUUUGGAAGCAUGUGAUUUUGAGACUUGAAUUUUUUUGCAGGUUAUCUUGCAUGAACUAUUUUCUCCACGGAAUUUAUUUGAGGCAGACAACAUGUUAAAUUAUGUUAAUCUUCAGUUAUUGCAGUGUUUUUUAAAAAUUUAAUGGCCACUUGGUGGUUUCAAACAGCUAGUUGCAGUAAGAUGUAAUUGUUUUACUCUGCAAUAUUUAAGACACUGGGAUAGGUUAUAGUAUUGUUUGUAGGAUGUUUUUUGUCAAAUAACAGCAUAAAAAUUAUUUUCCAUGCAUACCAUGUGGAAGUGUCUGCAAGGCUGCCUGGGGAAUGAAGCUUCAGGUUCAAAGUGUGUGUUGUUUAGAUUUUGACAGACAUCGUAGGUUGAAGUGUCCUGCAUUUUAAAAAAGACAGGCUUUACUUUGGCUCAUAUGAUCUCGUGGUGCUCAUAUCAGAUGUUUGCAAAUUAGGCACAAACAUAAUAUUUGAAAGGUCAAUCUGUUUAUUUAAA